AGUGCCAUUGCUGUUGAGCAGUGUAUUUGAAUGGUUUCUGAUCGCAUGCUUCGCAACUAUCGCGGCAGUAAUGCUGCUUCUAGCAUCAUCAUUGCAUUUUAGCAAGAUAUCUGCCGCAUCUAGAUGUGCUGUUAUGGCUGCUGUCGCAAGGUGCUAAACGGUUCACUGCAGGACUCUUGCUGGGAUUGUCCGCUGGAGCAUUUGCUGCGACCGUACAUUCGCUUGCCCUUAAUUAUACCGGUGCCCGCUCGCAUCGCAAUAACUGUUUGAUAAAAAUGAUGUACCGCUCCGUAUUAUUGACAGUUGCCCUAGGCAUUGCUGUAUGUGGUGUCUGCCUGUUUUGUUGUGGCUUCUUGCUACAGAGGCAAGCUAUCGAAGAGCACAGUAAAUGUGCCGACAUCGCGGUCUUCUACCGAUCUACUAGCAAAUCCACGGCUGCUCUCCCCAGCUCGCGCUGCUGGUAUCCGGCGAAAUUUAAGAAAGCGGUAAUUUUGCUAAUCGACGCCUUGAAGCUGGAAUUUGCUCAGUAUGGACCUCCGUGGGAUGAGAAUGAGCAUUAUCGGAACAAGAUGCCCGUCUUCUCCGAGUUGUCUGCUAGUACCGGCGCUGAGCGCUCUGUGUUGCUCAAGUUUGUCGCGGACGCUCCGACUACAACCGUGCAGAGGUUGAAGGCAUUGAUGACUGGGGGACUGCCAACUUUCAUUGACGCUGGUACCAAUUUUUAUCAGACUGAGGUGCGAGAAGACAACUUGAUCAACCAGAUGUUCAAGAUGGGCAAGAAGGUUGUAUUCAUGGGUGACGACGCCUGGGUCAAUCUAUUCCCUGGCAAAUUCGCUCGUGCGUACGCGUACCCCUCAUUUGUGGUAAAGGUAACGUAUUGGCAGUUUUAUGCUCUCGCUAUUAGUGCCGUGAACUUUGAGCUGCUUCCAAACACAGCCAUGCUAGUGAGCAUAGCUUUGGCAUUGCUUGGCUGGGCUAUGCCCCGCUCACCUAUGGGGAAUGUAAGCCUGCUGCCUGCAUCUGCCUUGCUGUUCCUUUUGACGCUGGCUGGUGAAAGCUAUGUCGUACCACUUUGCCUGAUGGUUGCUGCCCUGUGGGGACUUUCACACCUGUGGUCUUCACUGCCUCCGACAGACAUGUGGGGACCGCUGCUGUGCUGGUUGCUGGUGGGCCAGCUGGGAUUCUUUAGCACAGGCCAUCAAACAAGCUUCUCCACAAUCCAUUGGAAAGCGGCGUUCGUGGGUGCACCCAUUGAUCAGCCACCCAUGACCCUGGGUGCUGUAAAAGUGCUGUUGAACACUUUUGCUGGCCCAUUGGUGGCAGGUGCCAGCCUGCCCCUUAUGCAAGGCAGCUUUCGUACACAAGGCAUGUCCUCUCCCAGGAAAGAGAUUAUGCCAUUUGUUGCUUACUGCACACUGCUUCUCCUGCAGGUUUGCAGCACCAUGGCAUCAUGCUUGCUUCUGCGGCGUCACCUAAUGGUGUGGGCUAUAUUUGCACCGCGACUUGUUUUUCAAGUGCUGUCUGCAUUCUUCAGCAUCGUGGCAGUCUUCAUUGGUUGGAUGUCAUCAAGGAGGAUAGUAUCAAGAGCAGAAGUUUUUCAUAUAGAUUGAUCGGUAUCACUAGUGGUGCAGUGCUAGGUCUUAAAUAUUGACUGUUCAUGCCUUCACAAAGAUAUCAUAGGUUUGAGAAGUGGAAAACAGUGUACCGUGUCACAGUGUUAUGAAGUCAGUGUUUGUGGACAGGAAUGGAAAGUUGCAUGGAGUACCUACAUUGCAUAAUUUCUCCAAGUUGCAUCACAGCGACAAGCUUCGACUUUGAGACGACACUUCACCCCCUGUACAGACUCUUUAUGACACAUUCCAGUGAGAGUAGCAAUAAUGCCCGUAUUUCAUGUUUCUUUACUGAGCUAGGUUUUUUUCACUGCCUUAAUGUUUCUUUCAGAUUAACUAGUCAGUGGCAUGUGGUGUGUUCAAUGUCAUUCUGGGUUGCCUGUGUAUUGUUAGAACUCUUAGUUGGCCUUGGGGUAGUGUCUGGUGGCACUUGACAUAUAAUGUUUCAGAUCAGGUGGCAUAUACGGGAUUAGUAAGAUUAGUAAAUUUCACUUUUAAUUAGCAUAAAUUUAUACUUGUAAAAAUAAGCUAAAUGACAUUCAUGUGUAUUUGGUUGAGGACAAGCUGUCUAUGUAUGAUGAUGGGAACUUUGGAUGUCAGCCGCAGUUUUGCUCAAGUUAGCCUGUAAUAUUAAGCUGUAAGAUAUCACUACAUGCUUAUUCUCGACCUGUAGUUUUACUUUGAUUGUUCAUAUUUUCCUUUUGAUAUACAGUCGAACCCACAUAUAUCAAACCCACAUAUAAUGAAUUAUUGUUUAUAUCGAACAGUUGUACAAUGCCUUCUAAUAUGUUUUCACUACGUAAGAUAUUUUAUUAGGGCUGUGCGAAUAGUGAAAUUUAAUCUCGAGUUGAAUUUGAAUCGAAUAGUGACGAAUAGUGGCCAAAAAUAUCGAAUAUCGAAUAGUAUAUUUACACAAAAUGUGUACUGCCAGUUACGGCAAGACAAAUGAAAAAUCAGGGACGCUACGGCGUGCUGACAGCUUCAUUACGCACUUGUUUGGGAGAGGCUUUUCUUUCGGUUUUUAUGGGCACUCAGGCAUGUUGAUAGAAGAGCCGCCAUUACAGUCAGCAGCGGCACUCCUCACCUCCUAACAGAGGGGGAUACGGCAGCUAGCGUUUUUUCCCCAUGGUCGAGCAAUAAUCUGACAACGGUAAUGUUGUGCUUCAUCGCCAUGGUUGCUCUGGGCCCAAGAGUCUUCGGGCGCCCGUUUACAACAGCGUUUUAACUGCACGUCGGAACGAUGGUGGUUUCUGAACUAUAGUGGUGCGGUGCGGCAGUGGCGACUGCCCAGCGUGAACAAAUUUUUACAUGCAAAGCCAAUCACCGAGGGUUUCGCACACCAAAGUCAGGUCAUUUUACGGCGCUUGAGGCAUAUGCGAUCGAACUACGCAAGAAGUCCGUGCCUUCAUUUCGGGAGCGAAGUUGUGAAGGACUUGACAGUUUUCUCGUGUGUUUUUCGACAUGCGGAAAUGACAUAAUCUCGUUUAAGAACAACCUGCGCUUGCUUUUGAACCAGGUUGUCAGUGAAAGUUUAACGAAAGGCGACGUUAGCGUUACUUUUAGCUACCCUACCCUAACCAACUUGCACCAUUGGCUUUGGCGCGUUUUAGAUAUUCGUCCUGUCGAAUCAUUAGAAACUUCGAAUGCUAUCUAUUCAAAAGUCGAAUCGAAUUAUUCUAUUAGGAACUAUGCGAUUCGAAUUAGAAACUCGAAUAUUCGCACACCCCUAUAUUUUAUAUGUUGAAUAAACAGUUGAACUUCUCAAUAACGAAAUUGCCGAGGAAGUGAUUUUUGUACUUUUUCGUAAGAAUUUCGUUGUCGCGGAAAUGGAAAAAUACACACACCAAUUACUUCGCACAAUCAAUAUUUAUUUAAAGAUGUUGCUGAUCUUGCUCUCUCGAACUCCUCUGCAAUAGCCACCUUUUUUCUGCCAUUUGUAGCUUCGGCAAUGAUCCUAGACUUCUCCUGAAGCGUCAAAAACUUGCGCUUUUUAAAGGGACCGACAACCAUUUUUCAUGGUACCUAUUUUCUUCAGUGCAGCGGAAAGCUCACCGGUCAGAGUGCCUAAUCACGGAAUUGUAACGUGGAAAACGCCGCGAAACAUUUGUAAUCAGAAUUUUUCCAUCUGCGGUGAAUAUGAAGUCAUUAUACACAUGAGACAACAUAUGCUGCAAACACUGAGCGCGAAAGCGGUAUAGUGUUCGAGCGCAGUGAGUUACUGCGCAUGCGUACACUUUGCGUGCACGCGCCGCGGCUUGACAUGGUUCACUGGUGGCCGCGAAGGCAGCGCCUCUUCUCACCAUGCAGCACCUUUUAGCUCGUAAGCAGCACAAAAUUGAGUGAGGCUGGAUCAUAAUAUACAUACUCUAACUUUGAGGACUAAUUAUGGCACUCAUGGCAGCAUCAGACUGCGUACAGCAAAGUGAUCGACUUCAUAAUCGAGCUUCAAGGCUCUUCCGCUAGGCUGCGUGACAUACCGGUUUUUGUUACUUUUACACACGAUAAUCCUACUUGCAACGCGAAAAGGAUGCUGGAAUCGGUCACUAUAUUUUACGGUCUUUUCAUUUAUACCAGGAUCUUAUCCCACGUUCUGGCCAGUUGUCAGUCCCUUUAAUAGGAGGCGGCAUCUUUCCGAAAGGCCAAACAGUGUCGCACGUAAGCAAACCGCAGGAGAUCUCUGUGUGCACGCGGAGAGACGCACAGCAGCAAGCAGUUAGGCAGUCUACAGAUUCUCUGUCGGCAUGACGUCCCUGUCGUGGGUGUCAUCACUUGGAAUGUCAUGUGCCGCCGACGUUCCCACCUGAGGCUUUAGCAAAAAACUGUUCUGAAAGAAAAAAAGGGUCUUGUUGCUAUCAGCAUCAUUCGACCGAAUGUAAACAGCAACGGUCGCACCGAUGCUUGUUGGUGGGAACGUAUCUGCCCGACUUGUUGAGUGAGCGUUGCUGUAAUUUUCGAACUUCUGGCUUCCCAUCUAGCUUAUUGGUUGACAAAAAUGUUGCAGUUCACUGUCUGAAGCUUUCUUUAAUGCGGGAGUGCUUUUUAAAAUCUCUUCGCUGUCAAGAGGGGGCAAAUGCAUUGAACUCUGUGGACGUUUGCCAGGCACGCCAGAUUUCUUCGUUGCCGUGAGCAUUUCAUUCUUGAGGGCUUUUGUUAUUGAGGGGUUCAACUGUAUGUCCCCAUCGGGCAUGAAUUAUGAUUCACUGUCUGAAAAUGUGUCAAAUUCACGGAACAUAAUUCCAAGGUGCUCGAUGUUACAUCUCAAGAAAGAAAAUGAGGUAAUACAUUGUUUUGCGCAACUUUCAGUAAUGAAUGAUUAUUAGUCAGUCAGGUUCACUCCUUGCAUAAAAAGAACAAAAGAUCAGGCUCAAAACAUAUGCCCAGGUUGUUUUUGGUUGCAUUAGUUUCGAGCAAAGAAAAGUAAUAUUCUUGAUGUUGGUCCUGGAACGCGGAACGUCGAUUGAUAGUCGAACAUGGCAGUGCCUCCAGCAAAGUGAUCCUCUGCAGCAAUGCGCGGCUCAAUGGAGUUAAAUGAGUGCUAGUUUUCCACUCGGGAAGCGUGUAAAAAUGUGAACACUGCGUUUCAAGCCACUUGAAGGAACAGACGGUGCGCGCUGUGCCUCCGUAGUUGAUGUGUACAAUUGUACACACCGCCGCUGAAGGGGAUAUAGAACUUUUUUGUCAUCCCCUUCAGAUUCGAUGUAUCCAGGUUCGACUGCAUUGUCAAAUUCUCCUUGCCACGAAAUGAUUCAUUUAGCCUGCUAAUUACUUCCUUUUAAAACAUCAAUUAUUAUUGAUUGUCAAACAUGAAUCUGUGGCUCAUCUUGAUUUUGUUUAACAGACUCACAGGUUUUUAGACUUCACUAAUAUAAAGUAAUUUGAAUAAGCUUCAAGAGUGUUUUAUGUUUCUCUUAGGGGUCUGAUGUGUGCUGUAUUUUUAAAAAUUUUUUAAGCCCUAUUCAUGCUCUUUGUUCCUGCUUAAAUAGUACAGCCGAUCGCUAAUAGCGUUUGUGUCCAAUCCCCCAUUGUUAUACUGUGAAUGUGAAGUGCCACUGAAUUGUAAAUAUACUACACUGCCAUAUGUAGUUUUUGUUUUCCAGUACCAUGAAGCCCAUGUCUAGCAAUCCCAUUUAAAGUGAAUGUUUUGUUACUGCAAACUGUUUCUUGACUGCCAAGAUGUUUCGCAAGGACUGUGUGAGAGAGUGGUCCAGUCAUAACGACGUGGUGACUCUCUCAUUUUGGUUACAAUGGAUGGAAUGAUCCGUGGUGAGGCGGUAUCAUAAUGAACAGAAUAAAGGCGACUCCACAGUAGGGGAGCUAUCCUGCACACAUUCUGUGAUAGAACGGAACGAAAUGUCACGAGAGGACAAGGGGGAGCAAACAGCCAGUAGGUGAGCUGAGGGAAUUCAGAAAUGUUUUCAGUGCAUGAAGAAAUAUAGAAUUAUUAUUAUAGCUGGACAUCAGUAUUGGCAGACAUUGUUUUUCAAAGCUUGAAAUUUCGAAGAGCGGGAUGACUUUAAAGGGGUACUGACACGAAAAUUUUCAGUUGUCGUUUCCUUGCGUCAAAUGAAAGGCCAAGCCCUCAAGAGCCUAAAAAAUGUACUGCUAAGCGCGAGUGCACCCUGAAAAAGUAAUUACAGUAUGUUUUUUAAAAGCCAGUUGCGGUUCCUACUGUACCCUGACGUCACAACACUGUGUGAGCUUCUCAUCACGUGCUCGCACAAGAUGCUGUGACGUUUCCAAGGCUGCUCCACAUCGUGGCUCCGUUGGUGAUGCACAAGCAGCCAUUUUGGAAGUUUUGGUACCUGGCGUUAUCAGAACUAGCCAGACUGGUGCGUGAAGUCACCAGAAUUAGUACUGUAGCCUGACAUCAAGCUAGUGUUGAUGUCGGUAGGUGCGCCAUGGGAAGGUUGACUUUAAUAUCAAAAUAAAAUAUAUUAUCAGUGUUUCCUGAGCUUCACACUUGCUCAGAACCGUCUAUGUGUACAGGAGAUUUGUAUGGCAUAGUAAACUCGUCUUCGAAAAAUGGUGUCAGCACCCCUUUAACAAUUUAUUUGUGUUAAUGUGUUGAUUGGGCACUAGGUGGUAUCACAAUUUCACGAGAUGUUCGGUGGUGGGGGGCUGGUUGCGAUUUUCGCAAACUAUCGGCAUGGGAUUGGGGUAAGUCAGACACAAAGCUGGAUCAUUCGAUUCUCUGGCCCAAGCGCUUACGUUUCGAUCCAAUCCAAGUCAUCCAGAGACUGUUCUGUAUCCGUUCUAUCGGACAGAAUGGUGUGUCCGUCUGUUUUGUGCCCAUUGGUUGCUACGCUCACGUCUGACCGUCGGACGAGCCUCGACCAAUCCCGUGCAUCGCGAUGUUUGCUCCCUCUCGUGAUGCUUCGUUCCAUUCUCUCACAGCACGUGUACAAGAUAGCCCCCUAGAUGCCACACAGUGAAUGUCUCACAGUGAAUGUCUCACAGUGAAUACCACGCAGUGAAUGCCUCGUUCCAGCACAAUACGUACCUGUCUUGCCGACUGUGCGCCCUCCUGACUGUGGGCAUACAUAGGAAGAUAUUGUUACCGUUGUUGAUCUCUUAGUAAGGAUCAUUUCUGAUGACGUGCUUGUUCAAGAAGUGCGGGAACUGCCAGAUAUGGAUGCUUCCUAUGAUGAGGGAGGCCCGGAAACUAGUCAGCCCCCAUCCAUGCUCUUGGCAGUCUCAAUGUCAUCUGCCUUAAGCCCCAUAAUUAUGCCCCAUAGCCCAUUCAAGCAUUCUGUGCAUGCAAGUGGUUUGACUUGCAAUGAUGCGGACAGUCUGAUGAACGUUUAAUACGUUUGUCAAGUAGAACCUAAUCAUUGAUUUAUGCCACUAAAGGCAGUGCAAGUAAUUGUUGCAAUAAAGUGACGUCUUCUGCACCUUGUUCAGUUCAUUAUUUUUUGGCCAAGUCUAUGUGUGAUGAACUUCUAAUAUAAUGAACAGAUUUCACGCCAUGAGGGUGUUUGUUGUAUCUUGCCAGUUCAUUACUUUUUGGCUAAGUCUAUAUAUGAUGAACUUCUGAUACAGUAAAAGCUCGUUAAUUUGAACUCUGUUUAUUCAAACUGACGCCCUGGUCCCAGUGUUUUGGAGCAUAAAUAGCGUCUUAUAUUUCACAUUAAGGCUUACUCCUCACAUGAAUGCAUGUCGCUGCUUGUUUCUGGCGUAUGACUGACUGAUCAAUUAUUUCUGUUUGCUGUUCGAGCUCCAUGAGCUUAAUUAACGAAAUCACCUGCCACGAACGUGUAGUAGUGCCUAGUUCACGAUAAAGAGUCCGGAGGUGGCUUCUUUGGGUUCUGCCCGCGCAGUGUGGUGCGAUGUCCGUUCAUUCUAGCGGCCACCCACUAAUUCGAACUCCGCUUAAUUCCAACAAUUUUAUAGUCCUCUUUGAAUUCCAAUUAACGAGCUUUUACUGUAUAAUGAACAGAUUUUGCGCUAUGAGGGUGUUUGUUGUAUCUUGGCAUGACUGCUGUUUGUAGACUAACUGGGCCAUUAGAUAUAGAAGACAUUUCGAAGCCUUUGAAAAGAAAGCUUGCGGCCAUUAAUAGCGUAGGUGAAUACAUUAGUCAUUUUGUGCAAUUUACUUGUUGCACAUUAUCCCCUUCAAGCAGCGUGUACCACCAUGUGCACAUUAGUGUACGUGAUUUGUUUUUGCUAGCGGUAAACAGGGAUGGUAAAGAAAAAGGAACAGUCAUUGAGUACUGGGUGAACACAACCUUCAGGGUACUCAGUUUAUAUUAAUUAGUCUUGUAGUUUGCUAUGUAUCUUUAAAGUCUAUAAUAAUGACAGAAACACUACCACAUUCGACUAACUGUACGUUAGUGGUGAGAGAAUUCUUUUUUUUUUAAUUUCUUCUUAUUCUUGCUGCCGAUAAUUAACCUGUGCAUGUACUUUGAGUAGGUCAUUUAAUAUUUUGAAUGCAAAAAUGUAGCAUGAUUGACUGCACAAUAAAUACAUAUUUAAUUACUCUGUCAUUAUGACUCGGAAGAACAUGUUCUUGCAACCAAGUGACCGGCACAUUACAGUAAAUUAUUGGAAUGUUGACUCUUUCACCAGCAGUCCAUCAAAAUUCCUGCCUGUAGAGAUAUAUGGUUUAGAAGUGUUUUAAAUUAAUGUGACGUGUUUCAGAUGUCAAUAUUUUUAUGAGUGUUAGUGAUUCUGAAGUAUUAUCUUUAAAUGUAGGUUUGUAGACACAGUGCUGCAAAGCGCUUAAGAAUGCAAAGAACUGUUAUUAUUAUUUUACACAAACUUCCUAAGUUAGAGGCUAAUUUAAUUGGUUUAAGGCCAGUCAAUGGUACACUACCUUAUAAUAAUCAGUUUGCUUUUCUGGUGCUUACAAGUAGUUGUUUCAUCAAGCAAACCUGGUUCAUUGUGCAGGGAUAAUGUACAGACAUUACUUAAUGUUCUGGUUGGUGGUGAAAGCUUAAUAGGUUUUUAGGUAUCUCGCUAUCGGACAUUUUCAUCGUGCUGCCAAUCCUCAACAAACGUUUGUUGCGCAUGUUGUUUCGACGAAAAUAAAA